AUGCUCACCACAAACCAACUCCUUCCAUCACGUGCCCAUCACGUGAUGCGAAGUAAGCGUUACAAUUCUGUUCUGGUAGACGCCACUCUCUCUCUCCCUCUCCGAGCUAUCUAUAUAGCAAGGUUGUUCCCCUUCUCUGCCUUUGCAACAAAUUCUUGGCUUUGCCUCUCAGCCCUGUGUGCGAGCUGGGCCGUUGGAUCAGCAGUGAUCUACGGUGGCAGGAAGGCACCAAAAGUAGAUCUCAAGUAUCUUCAGGCUGUUAAUUCUGAUCAGAAAUGCAUUGAUUUGUGGCCUUCUUCCUGUGUUCUUUGGACGUGGCGAAUUGUAAAAGAGAGGACGGCGAUGGAGCAUUGGCCAUCCCCUAUUUCAAGGUACUCUUACAACGACCCAGCUUAUGAAAGAAUUGACAGACAUACUUGAGUAAUGGAGUGAAUCAUCUUCAUUGAGAGAGAGAUAGAGAGACAGCAGGCCUUUGUUGCGGCACAAAGGCUUCGGAGCAUCAUUCAUGGAGGGGGGUGUUCUCCGUAAAACUGCUAAGAUUAGGGUAGAUGAUAUUACUGUAAAUGUUGUGUGCUGCGACUUGUGUUAAUUCUCAACAACAGAGCUGGACGAUGGCAUACGAUUUAUUACAGUUCUAUGUGUUCAGUUGAUGAAUUUAUACAGAUGAGAGAGUUUAACCCCGUCAGCUCUGCACUUGAACAAUGUAGAACCUCAAAAGGGUUAAGUGCAUAUAAGACCUUUUUUUUCUCUGGAUUUAUCUAUUACUACUACCCUUUUAAUCAAACUAUCAAAUGCUUUUUCA